AUGCUUGGCAAUGGAGAAGUCAUUGGAAAACUUCAGACAUCUUGGGAUGAGUUGCUCGAUCAUGCAGAUGAGCCAUUCGAACUGUCCUUCCCACCCGUUCGUGGUGUCAAUUCUUCCGUCACGCUGAAGGCCGCUGUUAUACACGCUUGCGAUAAUCAGGACCGCGCACCGAUUGAUUCUCUCAUAGAUCGCGAGAUUGCUCGAGAAACAGAUGCGGGCCACGUACGACUCGCCAGAUACAUGAUACACAAGCGGGUCUCUCAGCUGAACGAUGCUGUAGAGCGUUUUCAGUUGGUUCUCGACCGCUGUCCAGUCGACCAUCCUGACCAUGCAGCGGCUCUCACCAACCUCGCGUGGGCCCGCCUUCAAGGCUAUAUUCAAAAGAAUCCUCAAGACAUCGAUGCCAUCACUUCCCUCUUCCGCGAAGCUCUUGAAUUGCGUCCGCAGGGCCAUCCAGACCACGCUUUAUCUCUCUAUCAUCUCAUUGUCGCAUUGAAAUGGCGCUGGAGCAAGGAGCGCGCUACUGUCUAUAUUCAUGAAUUCCUGCAACUGUGCUGCAAGCUACUGCCCAUCUGUCCAGAGGCCAGCUACCUUCGUAGCAUCGGCGUAGACAGUGAGAUUGAUUAUAUGAUCAACGAAUGCAACCAUCUUCCGAUUGAUGCAUUAUACGAAGGCAUCCACCUUCAACAAGUCGUGCUCGAGCUCUGUCCUCUGGGCCAUCGGCACCGUACAACAGCACUGGACAAACUUUCACGGGAUCUCAGGGCACGCUAUGAACAGCAUGGCAGCAUUGAUGAUCUGGAAGAAAGCAUACAACUUCGUCGUGAAAUUGUUUCUCUAUGCCCCGAGGGACAUUUUGAUCGUAGCGCCUACCUGAAUAACUUGGCCUAUUCACUCGAGUCCCGUUUUGAUCACCAAGGCAAAUCCCAUGACAUUGACGAGGCCAUCUCCUUACAUGAAGAAGCGCUGCUCCUGCGCCCUGUUGGGCACAUAUAUCGCGAUUUCUCGUUGGGAAACUUAGGGGGUGCGCUCCGCACCCGUUUCAAUAAAUGGGGUGAUGUUGAUGACAUUAACCGAGCUGUCAGCCUCUAUCGCGAGGCACUGACAUUGCGACCACCUGGGAAUCCACGUCGUGACACCAUGCUCAACAACCUUGCUCUCGCGCUCAACAACAGAUGUGACAAAUUGCACGACAUCGAGGAUCUCAAUGAAGCCAUUGAUCUAUGUCGCGAAUCCCUUCGGUUGACGCGGGGUGAUCAUCCAGCGUCCCAUAGAAUCCUUUUCAAUUUGAGCUCAGCACUCUGCUCUCGUUUCACGCGAACUGGGAAGAAUAAAGAUGUCGAGGAGGCCAUUCGACUCUGCCAAGAGUCAUUGGUGGUUUUGCCUUCACUGCACCCAGACAGGUAUUCCAGCUACAAGUGGCUGCAGGAAAGCUAUAUGUCUCGUUACCGUGUACAACACGAUCCAGAUGAUUUGUCAUUCGCUGUGGAGAACUUCAGACUGGCCUCGGGCCACCCUACUCAAGGCUUUCCGCGUCGCGUUCAAGCAGCGUUGAACCGGGUUGAUGAAGCUGAAGAUCAUCAACACGACUCUGCCCUUGAAGCAUACCAAACAUGCUUGGAGCUUUUCGACAACCACGUAAUGACGCGAUCGUCGAUCAUCUCACGACGCGAGGCUGCCACUGCUUUUCGUCGGGCACAGUCACUGCCAGUCGAUGCGGCAUCAUGUGCGGUUCGUUCCAAUGAUCUGCAACGAGCGGUUGAACUCGUGGAGCACGGUCGCGGCCAACAAUGGUCGCUGGCCUCUCGGCUCAGGACUCCACUGGAAGACCUGAAGUCUGCGAGUCCACAGCUAGCUCAAACACUUGCAGAGCUCAGCAAGCGCCUGUCUGAUGCUCAGGGUUCUACAGGCAGUGCCGACAAAGCUGCUGCUGAUCAGGCAGCAAUCAACUAUAUGAAACUCACAAGGCAAUGGGAAGCUACAGUAGCUGAGAUACGCAAUCUUCAGGGUUUCUCGAGAUUCCUGCUCCCACCUUCGUACAAAGACUUGCAAGCGGCAGCGUGCCAUGGCCCAGUUAUCAUUCUCAUUGCGAGCAAAUACUCAUGUAACGCCAUCGUGGUUCCGACAUCAGGACAGCCCCAUCACGUUCGCUUCCCGCGCAUCACUUUCGCAGAUCUGGAACAGCUGAAGGACGAUUUCGCUACGGCAAUCCGGCAUGCGGCUCGUAUGCACCCACAGGAGCCGAGGAAGAAGUUGCGAGUACGCUUGCGGAUCCUGUGGGAUGAAAUCAUGCUACCCAUCGUUAACGUCCUCCAACACGACCUGAAAUUGCAGCACAAGUCUCGAAUAUGGCUUUGUCCGACAGCAGCCUUCACGUCCAUACCUCUCCAUGCAGCUAACCCAUUCCGAAUGAACACAGAUUGCUCUGGGAAGGAGUCAUGCCUGGAGGAUCUCUACAUCUGCUCUUAUACGCCCACACUUUCAGCUCUUAUUAGAGCUCGGCAGGCGAUGAAGAUGCGUGUGACUCCGUCCUUUGCGGCGAUCGGACAAAGUGAACCGGGCGCAGGGCAAGGCGACAUGCUCCCAGCUGUCGACAACGAGCUCGAGCUUGUCCAGACACUCGUUCCUCCCAACAUCAAGUUCACUAAUAUUUCGAAAGACGAAGCCACACAAGCAGGUGCGCUCAAUGCUUUGCAAUGCAACACCUGGGUGCACCUCGCUUGUCACGGCAAGCAAGACCUUGAGCAGCCCUAUAACUCAUAUUUUGCUAUGAGAGACAAACCCGUUACGCUGCUUGACAUCAUGGAGAACAAUUCUCCUCAAGCUGAAUUCGCGUUCUUAUCGGCGUGCCAUACCGCUGUUGGUGAUGAGGAGACGCCCGACGAAGCCAUUCACCUCGCAGCUGGACUCCAGUUUUUGGGGUUCAAGAGUGUCGUUGGCACACUGUGGGGCUCAAUGACGCUCUCGCAAAAUACGUCGUAG